UUGGCAGAAGUCAAACUUGGAUAAUAAACGAGCCUGACCCGAGGAAGCAGCGCGAGAUCAUCGCUAUGGUCAGCUCUAUGCGGUCGGCGAUCGUACGGGUCUUUUCUACCAAAUACUCCUUGACGUUGCCUGCUUCUGCGCUCAACUACAUAGAGCAAGUCUUGACAGAGAAUGAGAUCCCAGAGGAUGAGUGGAACACUGGUUUGGAAUUCUGGGCCAAAGAAUAUCUGAAGGGAGAAGACUCAUCGUCACUGGUAUCUCUUUCAGCCUUGAGAAGAGCAUACGAGGUUCUCCAGUUGGGAACGAACGAGGAUGCGGACGAUAUUGACCCAUCGGAAAUCAACGUCGAAGCUCAUUUCGCUGUGGUCGACUCGUUUGACAUGCCUCCAGUUAGGUUUGAUCCGGUCCGAGGAGGUUUCACAACGGCCCGCUCUGGACCGAGUCUAGCUGGACAGGCUUCGUCUCGCGCUUCGUACCUUCGUGAACGGUGGGGAAUCAUCAAGGAGAUCAUCCUGCGCAACGAAAACUUCACACCACCCGCCUUGGGAGGCCAUGAUCGUACCAAUUAUCUCAAAUUGACAUCUACUCGAAACCUUUUGGGACGUGCCGGUCAAUUAUUCCUCCUCUUCGGGAUGCUAGCCAGGGAUCCAGAAGGGAGACUGUGUCUUGAAGAUGGAGACGGAAGAGUAAGGCUGGAUAUGCACGAUGCGGUACCCGGAGAAGGUCUUUUCACGGAAGGAUGUAUGGUUCUGAUAGAAGGAGAAUAUACCAUCGACGAGACUGUUCGGGUGCUGGCGAUGGGGCAUCCGCCCAGUGAAAAGCGAGAAGUCUCGAGAGGACUUCAUGGUCACAUUGACUUCCUCGGUACAGGUGCUGUGUCUCUAAAGGAGGAGCAAAAAUAUCUCCCUACCAUUCUUGCCAACACACAGGUGUCCUUCGUCGUCCUUUCCGAUGUGUGGCUAGAUCACCCUCGGACCUUGCCAGCUCUACGGCGGAUGUUUGAAGGAUACACUCAAGCCGCCGAGUAUAAGCCCAUGGCAUUUGUUCUUUGUGGAAACUUUACACAGCGUGGCUGGGAAGGAGAGGACGGUCUCAAGCGGUAUACUAACGGCUUCAACGCCUUGACAGAUCUGCUUUUAUCCCUUCCUACUUUACUCAGCUCGCAUUUCAUUUUUGUCCCCGGUCCUGUGGACCCAUGGUCAUCUUCCACCCUGCCUCGUCCUCCUCUCCCGGCGACAUUCACAUCUCGCUUGACUCAACGUAUACCAAAAGCUCGAUUCGUAUCUGACCCAUGUCGGUUGAAGUACUUUGGUCAGGAAAUCGUCAUUUGCAGACAAGAUUUGAUGGGUAAAAUGAUGAGGGGUCUAGUGGGUUCAAAGCAGGAUCCAGGGGUCGAUAUGAAGCGAUAUCUCGUUCAGACCGUCUUGGACCAGUCCCAUUUAUCGCCUCUGCCCCAAGCCACUCGCCCGACAUUGUGGGAAUACGAUCAUGCCUUGCGUUUAUACCCCAUGCCGACGGCUCUUGUCCUGUGUGAUAAAUAUGAGCGGUACGAGUUGACAUAUGAGGGGUGUCAUGUGUUCAACCCAGGAAGAUUUGUCAGUGGUGGUGGUGGAGGUGGUGCAAGCGACAGCGAAGGAGGUGAAUUUGAAUGGGCAAUGUAUUAUCCUGCUACAGGUAGGAGUGAGCGAAGUGCAUUGACUCUGGAAUGAGCGUCACAAAGGCCCUGUAACGACCAUGUUGUAUUCCCCACAUUAUACCGCAUUUAUUAAUCACCAUACAUUUGUCCAGAGCGACCUCGCUUUUUCGGUGACCGUCAAAUGCGAGUCCCGAAAAGCAUGGGAACGAGUCCCACGGCGAGACCAGGCUGAGAUUCCCUCUCACUGCGCUCCGUUUCUCCCUUUGACUGGUUGAAAGUAUCGUCGAGAAGGUAGAGUGCUGCAGAGUCAACACAUCGCAGUGGGUAGGGGAAUCCGAGAGGGACGACAUGGCUAUUUGACUUGAGCUUGGGAUCUGUUGACACGUGCCACUGCCACGAGGAGAAAACGCCGAUAGAACUUUAGUGAACUAUGGGCUACACCGUCUGCG